UGCGGAAGCCACGUGGUUAAUCCAAUUCCCCAUCGACGCCCCUGCACUCCGCCCGUCUCUUUCCUCUUUCACGCUUUCUUCUUUCUUCUCAUCCAUCAACCAUGCCAGUCACAAAGAAAAAGGGUGCAGUAUUCGCCAUAUAUACAGAAUCCCCAGACCGUAAUCCUCAACCGCUCUCCAAACAGCCCAGACGUACAUCUCCAAGGCGGUCAACAAACAGGUCCCGUCAGGCCCUCACUUCCCUCCAACCCAAAUCACUCGUGCCUCCUCCAUCCAAAACGUUAUCACUCAAACAGUCGGCUGUAUCGAAGAAGAAGUCACAGGCGGAUGUUCCGGUCAAACCAAAAUCAAAAUCUACCAUUCAGAUCUAUACCGAUCCUGAACCAUCAAAACCGAAAUCAUCGGGCGUCAUUGGUGCAACUGCGAUCAAACGUCGAGCUCCAACGUCGACCUUGGUAACAAGCCAACCCCUACCCGCUGCAUCGUCCAUCAAACGCACUAGAGACUUGCUCUCACCUCUACCCAUUUUUUCAGACCCACAGGAAAAUGAGGGUGCAUCCCGUCGACCUACGACGCGUUCCGAGACCGGUAGAUCUCCAGCCAAGCGCGGACGAACAGUUCUUUCCGCUGUUGAAUCCUCUCCCGCUGUUAUUUCAUCUGUCAGCCGCCACAAAAAGGAGAUAACUAUGAACAAGGAGAAUUCUGCUCCUCCCACUCUUUUGUUUGAAGACUUUGAGGGUUCGCCCGCGACGCGUACCAGAUCCAAGGUUCGCAAUAUGCCAUUCGAAGUUAACAUGACCCUUAGCCCUCUCAACUUCCGCGACACACCGCAACAGCGUCGCCGAACAGAGGUUGAACGUUUACUUGGUGACAGCCCAAUACUGGGCGUCAAUGCGACGAGGAGAAAUACCGUUGAAGAGAUGACUGAUCAUGGGAGUCCCAAGGCGGAAAAGACGGGACGUGGAAAACCAUUGGCGGGAAAGACCCAAGGAAAAGGGAUGACUGUUCAGCCGGAUGGAGCUUUGGCAGAUGUUAGUGAAGCGUAUGGGGCUAAAGGGGAUGCGCCGGAAGGGUUUGAUUCUCAAGGCCAAUCAUAAAUUUGCCUUCUUGUCAUAUACAUCACGAAUCUUAUGACUUUUUUACGACCAUGACGACCACCUUACAUCCAUUAGACAGUUUAUACCAUCUCACUUCCAGCCUUACCCCCUCAUAUACUAGUCGCUGAAUUAAUGCCUCUUGUGACUUGCUAUUAAUGGCUCAACGACGCUGCGAGUCGACUAUACCUAUCAUACCAUGCAC